AUGCGUUUAGGUCCUUUCUUUCUCCGAACCUUUCUCUCUUUCAGGUUAAAGCUGCUGACUCGAAAGUCGUGUGUGCGAGAAUCCCCUGCACGACUUCUUGGACUUUCAACAGCACUCGCCAAUGCUGGAGACGUCGCCGAAUGGCUAGGAAUUAGAGAUGAAGGGCUAUUCAACUUCCGACCGUCAGUUCGACCUGUACCAAUUGACGUGCAUAUCCAAGGCUUUCCUGGUCAACAUUACUGUCCCAGAAUGGCACUCAUGAAUAAACCAGCUUUUAAAGCUAUCAUCACCUAUUCUCCGUUGAAGCCUGUUCUCGUUUUUGUGGCAUCCAGGAGACAGACGCGCUUAACAGCCAUGGCAUUCAUAAGUCAUCUGGUAGCUGAAAGUGACCCUCGUCAAUGGCUUCACGUUGAUAUGGCUGAGCUAGAAGUGUUGUUAGAACAUGUGAAAGACGAAAAUCUCAAACUUACAUUGCCAUUUGGAAUAGGUAUGCACCAUGCUGGUCUCUCAGCACACGAAAGAGCUAUAGUUGAACAGCUUUUCCUAGAGAAGAAGAUCCAGGUUUUGAUCGCCACGGCCACCUUGGCGUGGGGUAUUAAUAUGCCGGCACACUUGGUAAUUGUGAAAGGAACCGAGUAUUUCGAUGGUAAAACAUCCAAAUAUGUGGACUACCCUGUUACCGGUCAGUUCUUUUACGGCCAACUCUCUAAAGCUUUAGUAACAGUAGUCGCUCCAGAUGUGCUGCAAAUGAUGGGCCGUGCAGGUAGACCACAGUUUGAUUCAAGUGCAGUGGCGGUGAUAUAUGUGCAAGACAUAAAGAAAACGUUCUAUAAACGAUUCCUUUAUGAACCAUUUCCUGUUGAGUCAAGCCUUCUUCCUGUUCUUGCUAACCAUGUCAAUGCUGAAAUCAAUGCCGGGACUAUCACCAGUAAACAGGGCAUAAUGGAAUACAUAGCUGGUACCUACUUGUAUAGACGGCUGUUUGCCAAUCCAAACUACUAUGGCCUCGAAAAUCUCUCGGAAGAGUCGCUAAUUGCAUUCUUGGUUGGGGUAGUCGAUGGGUGUGUUGCCGAUCUGCUGGAUUCAAAGUGCCUUAUUAUAGACGAGGAGACAGGGUGCCUACGUUCUUCGCCAUAUGGUCGCAUUGCUAGUGUUUACUAUCUUCGCCAUGAAACCAUAAAGUUUCUUUUGGAAGAACUUGGCCCCGAUGAUACCAUCGAAGAUCUGCUCAAGACUCUAUCCCACGUUCCUGAAUACAGCGAAAUACCAGUUCGGCACAAUGAGGACGUAGUAAAUACCCAGCUACAGCGUAAACUGCGGAUAAGAUUUGCUACAAGUGUUAUGGACUCUUCUCACACGAAAGCGCAUCUUUUGUUCCAAGCACAUUUCUCUCGUACAGACGUUCCAACUGAUUACCGUACGGAUAUGAAGAGUGUUUUAGAUCAAUGUGUGCGCAUACUACAGGCUAUGCGUGACGUAUGUCAGUUGAACGGUUGGCUAUCGACUGCGUUGAGAAUAACAAUACUGCAACAGAUGUGUCACACUGGACGAUGGCAUGAUGAUCACCCCUUACUGUGCUUGCCACAUCUGAAAAUCUACGAUGCUGAGAGGAUAGGGGAGCGAUCUACAAUACCGUUACUACAACAUCAGUUUGGGGUCGAAAACGCACAUGGCACCGAUGAUGUGGAAAAACAGGCGAAGAAAACACUGUUCGACAAUACAACACUGGAAGAGACUGAGAUCAAGGAGGUAGUCCGAGCAUUAUGCCGGUGGCCUAUUCUCUCCAUAUACGGACUUCGUUUGUCAAGGAAUGCAAAAGAGCUUCGUGUUGAUGACGAAUGGUUGCAGUUGGAACAUAAUGCAAGCUACAAGCUGCAAUUCCACUUGGAUUUGCUUGGACCAGGUCGAUUCAAUACUGGGGCCUACCUGACGCAAUGGUCUAAAGAGAAAACAGCUGGCUGGAUUGUCAUUUUGGGAGAAAAGGACAAUGACCGGAUGAUAUCACUGUGUCAUGUGAGCGUCGCUGAAAGUGAUCGUGCUGUCCGAAUGGACUUUGUUACCCCAGACAAGAGAGGAAGAUGUUACCUGAGCGUCUUCAUCAUGUCCGAUUGUUAUCUAGGAAUCGAUCAAGAGCUACAAAUCAAAGCUGAUUUGAUUUAA